AAUCAUACCAGUCAUAUUUAACAGUCGUUCAUUUAAAAUUUUAAUAGUUUGGUUACACACGAAAGUCAUUGAUUAAAACAUACAUGCUGCGAUAUACAUACAAAAAAAAUGUGUUGUCUCAGACUCGUAAAAUCAGCGUUACUCAGAACCACGUACACAUAAAUAGAAAAUACUGAUCUUGGUUCUUGCCAAACUUAAAACAGCAAACUAAAGAUGUUACUUUUUUACAUGGUCUUGCAUGAUUAAGAAAUGAAUCGUUUGAAUCUCUCAUAUCUUACCCUGUUGAACCACUCCUACGCAUCCAUGUGUUCCAAAUUGAUAUAUGACAAUAUCUACUUUCGAUCACGUGUUGCGGAGCGACUUAGACGGAUUGCGCGUCAUCUCGCCUUCCCAAAUUUUCUCCUUCUGCAGCUCGAAUCCAAAACACCAUAUCUGUAGUACGGACUACAGGAGAAAGAUGUUUAACUCUGUUAAUCUGGGCAACUUCUGCUCCCAGACGCGUAAAGACCGGACAUCCGAGUUUGGGGACAGGACGGGCUGUGCUUCCAACAUCUACCUCCCCAGCUGCACCUACUACGUUCCCGAAUUUUCCUCCGUCUCUUCGUUCCUUCCACAGGGGCCCUCGCGACAAAUCACAUACCCUUAUUCCACAAAUCUAUCUCAAGUGCAACCAGUGCGAGACGUUUCCUAUGGUCUGGACCCCUCCAGCAAGUGGCACCACAGAACCAACUAUGCAUCGUGCUAUUCAGGAGAAGAUCUGGUGCACAGAGACUGUCUUCCGCCAUCCACCAUGACAGAAAUGUUCAUGAAAAACGAGAGUGUGUACAGCCACCACCACCACCACCACCAGCAUCAUCCGAACUCUAGCCACCCGUCCACCGGUUUCUACACCGGCGUAGGGAAAAACAACGUGCUCCCUCAAGGUUUCGACCGCUUUUUUGAAACCGCUUACUGUAGCACGGACAAUCAGUCAGAACAUUGUUUACAAAAGAGCGAGAUGAACAAAUUAGAGACUUCGUCCCAGCAACCCACAGCUGUUUCCGCAGCGCAGGAGCCGGAAAAGGACCCAGAGGAUGAGGAGGAACAUACAAAUUCGGGCUCGUGCACUUCAGCAGCUACUAAGGACGGGAACGCAAGCAAGAGCCAUUCGAGUACCCCGCGCACAAGGAAGAAGAGAUGUCCAUACACCAAGUUUCAGAUUCGUGAACUGGAACGAGAAUUUUUCUUUAACGUUUACAUCAACAAGGAGAAAAGGCUGCAGCUGUCCAGAAUGUUAAACCUUACCGACAGACAAGUCAAAAUAUGGUUUCAAAAUCGUAGAAUGAAAGAAAAGAAAUUAAGCAGAGAUCGCCUUCAGUAUUUCUCUGGGAAUCCUUUGUUGUAAUUGUUGAAAUGGGGUUGCCUUUUAUUUAAUAUCUCUGCAAAGUAAAAUUAUGUAUGUUUAAAUAUGCCCCAUCAGUCUAAUUAAAUAUAAAAUGUUUGUGUUAAUGCCAACAACAGUAGGCCUACUAAAA